CCAUCAUCUGUUCACUAAGGAGCAGGGAGCAGACAGACGGCGCAUCUUCUCUAUAAGGCUUUUCUCUUAUGUGCUAGCAGUAGGAUCUGGAAUUUUUUUCUACUGUGUUAACUGUGUUGGCCGUGAAGCAUAAUGGGAGAGCUAUUCCGUAGUGAGGAGAUGACCCUAGCACAGCUUUUCCUGCAAUCGGAGGCUGCAUAUUGCUGUGUUAGUGAACUGGGGGAGCUGGGAAUGGUGCAGUUCAGGGAUCUGAACCCCGAUGUGAAUGUGUUCCAGAGGAAGUUUGUGAAUGAAGUUAGGCGUUGUGAGGAGAUGGAUCGAAAGCUGCGUUUUGUAGAGAAGGAGAUUAAGAAAGCCAACAUCCCCAUCAUGGACACUGGUGAAAAUCCAGAAGUACCAUUUCCACGAGACAUGAUCGAUCUUGAGGCAACUUUUGAGAAGCUGGAGAAUGAACUGAAGGAAAUCAACACAAACCAAGAAGCCUUGAAGAAGAAUUUUCUGGAGCUGACUGAAUUAAAGCACAUCCUACGACGUACACAGCAGUUCUUUGAUGAGAUGGAAGACCCCAACCUGCUGGAGGAGACUUCAUCUCUUUUGGAUCCCAGUGAGGCUGGAAGAGGGGCUCCACUGCGGCUCGGGUUUGUUGCUGGUGUAAUAAGUCGCGAACGUAUACCCACUUUUGAACGGAUGCUUUGGAGGGUUUGCCGUGGCAAUGUUUUUUUACGACUGGCUGAGAUUGAGGACCCCCUUGAGGAUCCCACUACAGGAGAUCAAGUUCAUAAGUCAGUAUUUAUCAUCUUUUUCCAAGGGGACCAACUCAAAAACCGUGUAAAGAAGAUUUGUGAGGGGUUCCGUGCAUCCCUGUACCCUUGUCCUGAAACACCACAGGAGAGAAAGGAGAUGGCAGCUGGAGUCAGCACUCGCAUUGAUGACCUGCAGAUGGUGCUAAAUCAAACUGAGGAUCAUCGGCAGAGGGUUCUCCAGGCUGCUGCUAAAACUUUGCGUGUAUGGUUCAUCAAAGUGAGGAAGAUGAAGGCCAUCUAUCACACACUGAACCUCUGCAAUAUUGAUGUCACACAGAAAUGUUUAAUUGCAGAAGUGUGGUGCCCUGUCUCUGACUUGGACUCUAUACAGUUUGCCCUGCGGAGGGGCACGGAAAGAAGUGGAUCCACUGUUCCUUCCAUCCUGAAUAGAAUGCAGACCAAACAGACUCCACCUACCUUCAACAAGACAAACAAAUUCACCUCUGGAUUCCAGAACAUUGUGGAUGCUUAUGGAAUUGGAACCUACAGAGAGAUUAACCCAGCACCCUACACCAUCAUCACCUUUCCUUUUCUGUUUGCUGUGAUGUUUGGGGACAUGGGUCAUGGUACCCUUAUGACCUGUGCCGCCCUCUACCUGGUCAUCAGAGAGAGUCGCUUACUUGCACAGAAGCGUGACAAUGAGAUGUUUAACAUGGUGUUUGCAGGCCGGUAUAUAAUCCUUUUAAUGGGCCUAUUUUCCAUAUACACUGGAAUGAUCUACAAUGACUGUUUCUCCAAAUCCCUCAACAUGUUUGGUUCUGGGUGGAGCAUCAAGCCCAUGUUUGGCUUCAAAGGAGCAAACUGGACGUUUGAGACUCUUGACGGAAAUCCAGUUCUACAACUUGACCCAGUUGUGCCAGGAGUAUUUGGUGGACCAUAUCCUCUGGGUAUUGACCCAGUCUGGAACAUUGCCACAAACAAGCUAACUUUUUUGAACUCAUUUAAAAUGAAGAUGUCAAUCAUUCUAGGGGUGAUUCACAUGUUGUUUGGAGUCACUCUUUCUCUCUUCAAUCAUCUGUACUUUAAGAAGCCUCUGAACAUCUUCCUAGGUUUUAUCCCAGAAAUUGUGUUUAUGAGCUGCCUGUUUGGUUAUUUGGCCUUGCUGAUCUUCUAUAAGUGGACAGCCUAUGAUGGAAUCACUUCUAAAGAUGCUCCAAGUCUCCUUAUUGCCUUCAUCAACAUGUGUCUUUUUAACUACAACGAUCCAUCUAAUAAAGCUCUAUACAAAGGACAGAUGGGGAUCCAGUGUUUGUUGGUGGUUAUUGCUAUGAGCUGUGUUCCCUGCAUGUUGGUGGUGAAGACUAUGGUGCUUCGUCGUCAGCACUUGUGGAAAAAGCACUUGUCCCAGAUGAGGGAGGCAAGCCCUGCUCAGAAAGUAGAAACAUUAGAGCAAGCAGGAACCAGCUCAUCCACCGGACUCACUCAACAGGGCACACAGAAGUUUGGGGGAGUCCGGGUCGGGAAUGGACCCACUGAGGAUGAGGCUGAAAUCAUUGAGCACGACCAGCUAUCCCAGCAUUCUGAUGACGCAGAUGAGCACUCAGAGGAAGAACCGUUUAACUUUGGGGAUGUAGCAGUCCAUCAGGCCAUCCACACCAUUGAAUACUGUCUAGGUUGCAUCUCCAACACUGCAUCCUACUUGCGUCUUUGGGCCCUUAGUCUUGCUCAUGCACAACUGUCAGAAGUGCUAUGGGGAAUGGUGAUGCACAUAGGACUGUCCUCUUCAAGUGGUGGUGGAUUCUUUGGUUUGACUAUUAUUUUCCCAGUCUUUGCCACACUUACAGUGUGUAUUCUUCUUGUCAUGGAGGGUCUGUCUGCAUUCCUACAUGCUCUGCGACUGCACUGGGUGGAAUUCCAGAACAAGUUUUACACAGGCCAGGGCUUCAAGUUUGUGCCCUUUUCAUUUGACAGCAUCCUGGAGGGUCGAUUUGAAGAGUAAAACUGUUCUUCAUACUCCCAACAGACUGCAAGCAUUCAUAGCAUUCUCUUUUGCAUGCAUCUGAUUCUGAUAUUCCGCUGUUCCUAUUCAUAGCAUUUUUUGUGAAUUGUAAACUGUAACCUUUGACAUUCCAAGUGGGCAGUAGAAAACCAUUGUGUUGAUUAUUUCAUGUUUUGUUAUAUGUGAGAUGUGUGAUAUUGUUAAGCACAGUGACGGUUGAUGUGAAUAUGAUGUGCUAACAUCCUCAAAUACAAUAUAUUGAAGUCAUAUCUUGGCCAUAUUCAGAAUCUGUGGUUUAUCUGGGAAAGUUACUUAUAUUCAGUGUCAAGUUAUGCAGCUGCUUUAAUUAUUCAGAUUUUCUGUGGUUCCUCUUCAGAUUAUUAAAAUCAUCUGCAUGUAGUUCACAUUUCUGAGCCACCAAAGGUUUAUUCAGCAGUGGUGCUGGAGAUAAGAGUAUAUGAUGUUACAAAUGCAAAAUUAUAUAUAUUUGUUUUUUUGUUUUUUUUUAUGUAAAUGAGUAGUUGGUGAGCACUGAAAUAAAUCCUGAUUAGUAGUUCUAGUGUAGCUGUUUAAUUGUUUUAAUUGUUAACUUUAUGAAGCCAUUAAGAUGGAUUACCUUUGAUGUCUUUGGUAAAAAAAACAAAACAUAUACUUACAUCAGUUGAGAGAAUCACAUAUAACUGAGACAUAUCUGUUUUUGGCUAACCUCACUUUACAGGCACAAAUACCACACAACUGAGUGAAUAGUGAUGUGCAAAAUGUUCUGUAUAAAAUUUCCCCUAACUGCACAUAAAUCUGAGUGCUGACCUUGGUGAAUAAUCCAGUGAAAAUAUCAGCAUGGUGGAGGACUAUCAUUUUAUUUUUACAGUUUAUUCAUGUACUUGGGAAUGUCUAAAUAUAUGAAUAGAACAAAAAUACUAAUGAUAUAAAAGGUAGUAAAAAAUAUAUAGCACAGGUAAGAUAUCAAAUUUACUCUAAUUAUUAAAAAUUUUACUGCAUCGUAAAAAUGCACUGUGCACACUUUUGCACUGUGACAAGUUAUAAAAGAUUCUCAUGUCUCCAUGGAAAAUUCUCAUUACAUUGUUAAUGGUCCUUGCAGAUCACCCAUUCCAUCAUCAGCAAUGCUUUUGGUAUUGGAACAUAGGAAAGGAAGCAGAUGUUUCCUCUGUAAACACUGAGAGCUGAUCAAGAUGAGAAUUCUUUAAGUCUGACUUCACUUUUCCUAAAAGGAACGAAUGCAAUUCAUAUUAUCAUUGAUAAGUGAGAACAUGGGUUCCAAAGUCCCAUUGCAGGUAUAGAAUUACAUUUAACCACUGGUGUCAGUAGUUUUUAAAAUGUGUGUAUUGUUCCCUGUAUUGGAAAGUUGUAUUACAUAAACAUUUUGGUCAAUUGGUGUAUGGACAUAUCAUAGAUGAUAACCACUGUAUAUUGGUGUUUGGGAGAAAUUGGAGUACAUCACAAAACUUUCACUAUUAAAGAGCUCUGCUGGGUUAAGCCAUUCAACUGUUCCCAUUUUUUUUUCCUAGAAACUAAUAUCAACUAAAUUUAGAUUGGUCAACA